AUGCUGUUGUAUUUUUAUUUCUACAUUUUCCUCAUUCAUGGCGUGAAAAGUGGAGAUGUUGCGAUAGCAAACUGCAAUAAAGCGGUAGGACAGUUCCAACGACCAACUGUUGAUCCAAGUCUUUGUGCACAUAUCGAUUUACCCGCUUGCGCUGCAAUAUUUCCAUAUGAUAAUGCUAAUGCUGGUGCAACAAUCGCAUCUCACUUCAAUCCAGGCACAUCUUACCUGAUACCCGAAACAUGCACACAAGUUCUCAAAGAUUUUGCAGAAAAGAAUUGCCCGAGUCGUUGCGCAUUCUGCUGUAAAGCAAAGCAGUUCAAUUGUGCUAAUGAAAAUCAAAAUGCAACAGCAGCACAAUCAAACUGUCGCGACGACGACCAGCAAUGUUCAGAAAAUAGAAAAUACUGCACCAUAGAACCUUAUGCAACUGUAAUGAGAAGUAAAUGCCGUUUAACUUGUGGCCAUUCAAUCUCACCUCAUAGAAUUUCAAAAUUCAAUCGCACAAAUGCAUGGCAGCCAUUGAUAAUUCGUAUUUUAAGAGGCACAUCUUACCUGAUACCCGAAACAUGCACACAAGUUCUCAAAGAUUUUGCAGAAAAGAAUUGCCCGAGUCGUUGCGCAUUCUGCUGUAAAGCAAAGCAGUUCAAUUGUGCUAAUGAAAAUCAAAAUGCAACAGCAGCACAAUCAAACUGUCGCGACGACGACCAGCAAUGUUCAGAAAAUAGAAAAUACUGCACCAUAGAACCUUAUGCAACUGUAAUGAGAAGCAAAUGCCGUUUAACUUGCGGCCAUUGUCAGCCAUAA